AUGUUUGGUCUUUUGGUUUUAUUUCCCUAUUUUUUAACAUCAGUUUAUGGUCACGGCUAUCUGUUUGAACCGGUAGCUCGUAGUUCAGCUUGGCUUGUUAAUUCAUCAUUUCGACAAUGCUGUACUUGGCCAAAUCAUAUGGAAAUGUUUUGUGGAGGAAUGGGACAUCAGUGGAAUGUCAAUGAUGGGAAAUGUAGCAUUUGUGGUGAAUCAUAUGAUAAAAAAGUGAAAUUAUUUGAAAAAGGUGGAGCAAUGUAUAAAGGUACCGUUGUUAAAACAUACACUCAAGGACAACAAAUCGAUGUAAAAGUCGUGUUAACAGCUAAUCAUAAAGGUUAUUUUGAAUUCCGUCUAUGUAAUUUGGAUGCUAGUCCAUCAACUGAUGCUACUCAAGAAUGUCUCGAUCGUCAUCAAUUAAUAAUUGCUCAUACUAAUUCAACUAAAUUUCGCGAUGUUAGUAAAUAUGGUUCAGAAAUGAUUACUGUUCGUGUACAACUUCCACCAGAUGUUGCUUGUCGACAUUGUGUUUUUCAAUGGAAAUAUACAGCAGGAAAUAGUUGGGGUACAGAUCCAAUUACUGGUCAGUCGGGUGCUGGUUUAGGACGAGAAAAUGAAACAUUUAUGGGUUGUUCUGAUAUUGCUAUUUUACCAGAUGGUUCGUCUACUGAUCCACCUAUAGUUAUAAUUCCUUCAACAUCUACGAUUACAACAAGAUCAACAACAACGAAAGCUAGUGCUACUACAUCAGCACAUCACUGGACACGGCCAUCAACGACAAAUCAAUGGUCAGUAUCAUCAACAACAAGUUCAACAAUCAAAUGGACAUGGCCAUCCUGGUCAAGUCAUGGAUCGUCACCAUCAACAACAGGUUCAACAAACCAAUGGACAUGGCCAUCCUGGUCAAGUCAUGAGUCAUCACCAUCAACAACAACUACUACAACUACUCGGCGUCCACUUGGUUUAACAACAUGGUCAUCGGAUUUUUUUGAAUAUCAAAUAGGUGAUGAAGUAAUGUAUGAUGGUAUAAAAUAUCGAUGUGUUGCUCCACAUCGAUCAUUUCCAGGUGCCGAACCAGGUAUCCUUACGUGGGCAUGGUGGGAACCUGUUCAAGAAGAAGAAGAAGAAAAGAGUACUGAAAAAUAA